AUGUCUGAAGGAAAGCCCAACCCCAAUCAAGAACUAUUUCAAAAGCAAUAUGAUGAAUUCCAAGAAACUUUGGAAGCUUUGAACAACAAGAUUGGUCAAUUACAAGGCGAUAUAGAGGAACACAAUAUUGUACUAAAAACCAUCACAACUGCUCCAAAAGACAGAAAAUGCUUCCACAUGAUAGGAGGUGUACUAAUUGAGAAAACGGCUGGAGAAGUAGAACCAACGUUGAAGACUAACGUUACUAAAAUGAAUGAUGCAGUUGAAAACUUGAAAAACGAGAUCCAAAACACCCACAAACAAUUUGAAGACUGGAAAAAGAAGACUGGCGUCAAGAUUGUGAGUGCUAAUGAGUAG